CGCAAUAAAAGGGACAGGCUGCACUGGCCAGUGAGUGCAGUACAGAGUGAAACGCCUUAGCCAGUACAAUCUAACUACUGAAAGUACGAAAGUACAAAAUAAAAUGAAAGUUUCUGCCAGUUUGGUACUACUGUUGGCAGCUGCCGUGCUUGCCGACGAUCGCUGCCCACCGCAGGACGAUCCGGAGCAACCGCCCGUCCUGCUAGCGCAUCCCACCGAUUGUGACAAGUUCCUGAUCUGCAACCACGGAACGCCCGUCGUCAGCAAGUGUCCACCCGGGUUGCUGUGGAAUGACUCCCAGAAGCAGUGCGACUACCCUUCGCAGGCACAGUGCGCACCGGGUGUGACGCCCAACACUGAACCCGCUCCCAAACCGUCACCCAACUGUCCACCCGAAUACGAUCCCGACCAUAUGGUGUACAUUCCGCACGAAACUGACUGUGGGAAGUAUUACAUCUGCGAUCCGUACGGUGUUGAGCUGGAGCAGACGUGCCCUUCCGGGUUGCACUGGAAUCCGGUGGUCAACUAUUGCGAUUUCCCAGAGUUGGCGCAGUGUGAAGAGUGAAGUAUCGCUCAAAGUGCUCGAGCUGUUCGCCAAUCGACAUCGCCAAGCUGUGCUUGAAGUGUGCCACUGUGGCUAAGUAGUUGUAAGAAAAAUCCCCUUCUCAACAACCGCAACAAGGAAUGGGGGUUUCUUCUCGUGUCGAUAUCAGGUACUUGAGACGGAGUCGAAGACAUGAUCGGUCACGCUGGCAUGCUUCAGGGUGGAAAGAUUAGUCAAAGCAAGUGUAAUAAAAGUAGGUACAUAAUGAUGUCAGAAUAGAUUGCAUCGCUGUUCUGUGAUAAUCACUACUAAAAAUAAUUAAAAUAGUGCGCCUAAAGUUAUACUUUCA